AUGGUACAAGAUGAUGAAGCAUAUUAUCAAGAUACACAAUUGAUGGGAGUAAGUGAGCCAUUUUCAUUAACUAAUCCAUCCCGGAUAGAGGCUAAAAAUUUUGGAACAGUAGUUUCUGUGAUAGAAGAAGAAGAAGAAGANUGGUCUGAUGCAAUCCAAGCUGGAGGGGUUCCUACUAACCCGGGGUGGGACCAGAUCAUCGACCACAGUAAUGACCUGAUGCAGCAAUCCAACUUUAUAAUUUCUGGAUCAAUUGAUGAAGGUUUGAUUAGCACUGAUGUCCAAAUGCAACAAGAAAACUCAAGUUCCUCUCCAAAACCCUUCAAGGAAAGUGAUUGAUUCGAUUUCUCAUCUCACUCCUCACACUCGGGUUGCUUUCAUUUUCUAGGGUUUUAGUCGUGGAAACCACAUCUUCUUAUGCAAGCGUAAGAUCGUCUUCCAGUGAUGGUGUGUUUUUUUUUUGGUUAUUCAGUACUAGUACUAAUCAGACAUGUAUACAAGCAUGCAUGGAGGAGUUGGUGUGGA